AUGUAUACCGUCGAAACCUCGUACUACCCUUAUCUGGGUCUCCUUCUCCUCCUGUGCAGCAGCUGCGCAGCGCUUGCUCAGUUCUUGAGACCGACCGACUUGAAAUGGUCACUCGGCGCGAGAAGACUGGCCAUGCCGCCGGGACCGCCGGGCGUUCCGGUGCUGGGAAACUUGCCACAGAUGAUGAGAGCGCGUCGCGGCGCCCUUUCGUUCAACAAGUGGCUGGCGUCCCUGAUCCCGUACGGCGACAUGGUGACGCUGCACAUGGGCUCCAGGACGUGGGUGGUGCUCAACUCGGACCGCGUCGUGUCGGAGAUCAUAGCCAAGAGAGGCAAGAUCACCAACGAGAGACCGCACAUGCCCGUCGCCAGCGAUCUCGUGAGCAACGGGAAGCGCACGGUGAUCCGGCAGGAGGAAGACUGGCGCGAGGGGCGCCGCGUGAUGCACCAGCUGCUCAGCGGCUCGAACCUCAAGGUCUACGCCGGCAUGCAGGAGCUCGAGAGCGUGGACCUGCUGCGGCGGUACCUUCGGGAGCCCGACAUGUGGUUCGCGCACAACUACCGCUACGCCACCUCGGUGCUGUACAGGGUCGUCAUGGGCUACCCGCUGAACAAGACGAGAGCGCAGCUCGACGACUACCAGCGGGUGACGAUGGAGUUCGUCACGGCCAUCAACCGGAGCUACGUUGACUUCUUCCCCAUGUUCAGCAGGCUGCCGGCGUUCCUGCAGCCGUGGCGGCGUUCGUGGGCGCGCAUGGGCGCGUUCCACCGCAGCGUCUUCCAGGCCUGGUGGGACCCCGUCAGGACGGCCGUGGUCGACGGCGCGGCGCCGCCCUCGUUCGUGCGCGACGUGCUCCUCCAUCCCGAGGUCCGGUUCGCCGGGGACGACGAGGAGGCCAUGUACCUGGCGACGUCGGCACGGGCGCGCGAGGAGAUCGAGCGCGUCUGCAACGACGGCGCCUCGCUGCGGCUCCCCCAGAUGUCGGACCUGCCGGCCAUGCCCUACGUGGCCGCCAUGAUCAAGGAGGUCCUGCGCUGGCGGCCGACCGUGCCCGUCGUCCCACCCCACCAACUGACCGAGGACCUGGCGUUCGACGGCUACGUGAUCCCCGCCGGCACGUGCUUCUUGAUCAACUCGAUCGGGCUCUCGCGCGAGUUCGACGACGCCCACGAGUUCCGGCCCGAGCGAUGGAUCGACAGCGAAGGCGCCGGCAAGAUACCCAACUUCUGGGGGUUCGGGGGCGGCCGUCGGAUCUGUGUCGGCUGGAAGGUGGCAGAGCAAGCUCUCUUUGUUGCCUUUUCGCGUCUGCUCUAUUGCUUUGAAUUACGUCCGAAUGGGCCCAUCGACGACGAGAUACUCAACCACCAAGCCCUCCAUGAGCCGUUCCCCGUGAAGGCCGUGGUUCGCAGUGCCGCGCACUCGUCGCUCAUCGAGGAGGAGGCAUCCAAGUACGAGUCUUCCUUCUCCACGUUCGGGGCCAAAUGAACCCGUGAGCGCGACGCGGCAACCCACGUCAGCGGGUGUAGCGAGAGAAGGGACGAGAAGAGAGCAUGGCAAGAAUCCCGGCUCUCGUGAUUUCGUGGGAGAUCAUUUCAGAUCAAUGGUUCAGGGACAGCAUUGGAGCGGCGGGAGCUGCGAUGUG